GGCCUUGAGCCCAAGAAUACCCAUGAUGCAAUGGCUUAGUGAAAAGCACAAAGGCUGAGGUGUCCUGAAAACAACAAGAACAACAUAUGCCUUAACUCUUUCUCUCCGUAAUUAUUUACCACAUUCUGGUGGAAUCAACGCUGGUAUCGCCAGUUAGGAGGAGAAAGAGUUAUGUCUAUCUGGGACAAUCUUGUACACGUUUUUUCUCCCACUUCCCAUUCUCGGAUCAAGCUGAAACUUUGUGGAACUUUAUUCGUUGUAGAUGACAACACAGGGAUGAAUGAAAAUAAUAGAAUAGUCUAUUAGUAAAUCAAUUAGACGACGUUAAUUAAUUUCAUUUUAUAAUUAGACAAUAUGACAUGUGCAAAGGAGACACCAUUUUAAAAAAUUCUUAAUCUUUAAUCCUAAGGAUCAAGAUACUCAAAGAGAAAUAUCUUCAACACCAAAAGAAUAUUUUUCAUGUCUUUAUUAAUUUUAAGAAAACUUUCGACAGAGUAAUGCAUGGGGCACUCUGGGCAAUAAUGAAAAGGACAAUUUAAAUAAAAGCAUUAUGAAGGUAACCAGAGACUCAAAGAUUGGACUUGCCAGUAAUUGAAAGAGAUUCUAUCCAAGGCAAAAGAACCGAAAAAGGCAGUCAACGGAUCUUGUGUGGUGCCCCAACAGUCAAACAGACUAAAGGAUAAAGAAGUAAAAAAGAAAAUUUCCCCUUUCAGACCUUGCGAUCUAAGGGGCAGAUGAUGUAUAGAUCAUAUGCUUCUAUGGCCAACAGUUAACAAGGGUGUCACAUGGGCAGAACAACGACCAACCGCCUUUAUUUUUCCCCAACUUAAGUCAGGUACCCAGCAGAGUUCGGUAGACUCAGGGACGCCCUAAAAAUCCUGAAAUUCAAAUCUCAGUCUUUAUCGAGAUUCGAACCCAGGACGCCAGUUUCGGAAGCCGAUCGCUUAACCACUCAGCCACCUCUCCUUAACUAAAGGAUAAGUGCAGGUGAAUCUUUGAUAAGAGAGUUAACUGCCUCCAUUGCAAAAUAUUUUUUUUAUUUGCUUCUAGAUAUUCUACUUAUCAACACCAUAAACUGCACAUUCUGAUUGUCAGCAGUAAAAAAAAAACAACUUUCUCAUACUUAAAUAGCUUCCCUUUAAGCUUCCACGUCUAUCAGUGAAGAUCAAGUAAAGGUCUAGUUCGUAGUAAAAAUCUUCUUCAGAUGUUUAGCAUUUGAAAAACAAUUUCUCGAAUACUUUUGAGCUGAGACAGUUCAGUGAUUUUCAAUCCGGCAAUGGAAGAGGACCCUUCACAUAAAUCAUUUAACGACAAAAUUGGACAUUUUCAAAAAUUCCAAUUAAUAGACAGCCGGAAAUUAGCGCCACCAAAGACGCCCCCAAAGCCAGCCAGACGAGGUCUCACUAAUGUCUCCGUAACGCAGUCACGUGUCACAAGCUCGAUGUCAUCCCCUCCCAAGGAUCUGACACUUGAACAAGAAAAUCAAAAUGUAGAACAUGUCACGGAGCAACAGUCUGGGGCUAAUUCAGUGACAAUGCAACAUCAAGGCACUAUAGAUAUGUUUAUUAAUACAGAUGCAGAUGAAGGUGACACAAGGUCAAGCCUUAACGACAAUAUUGACUUGCUACUGAUUGGAAAAACUGGUUAUGGAAAAAGCGCCUUGGGUAACUCUAUACUGAACUGCGACGCAUUUGUUAGUGAGCCUUCUUUUACUUCUGUUACCAAAGAUGUUUGCGAUGAGGCGAAUGAAGUUAAUGGAAGGACCAUCAAAAUAGUGGACAGUCCAGGGGUUGGAGACACGGACUGGGAAAAUGAUGAAACUACAAACUUUGUAGUCAAUGCACUGUCCCAGGCUAUCGCCAUCAACCCACAAGGCUACCACGCCUUUCUUUUGGUUGUAAAAUUUGGUGGCCGAUUCACGAAAGAGGAUCAAGGGACUAUAGACUUCUUAAAGAAAGUAUUUGGUCAGAGUUUUGUCAGGAAGUUUUGUAUACUGGUCUUGACGUAUGGCGAUCAGUUUGAAGCUCAAGUUAAAGACAAAUUUAAAGAUUGGAUACAAUCACAAAAAGGUGUUUUGUCUGACUUGGUGAAAGAGUGUAACAACAGAGUCAUUCUAUUUGACAAUCAAACAACAGACAGACACAAGAGACAAAGACAAGUCAAUAAACUGAUAGAGAUUGUUGACAGCCUAAAACUGGAGAAUUGCCGCUACACCAACGACCAAUUCGAUCUAGCCAAAACUGAAAGAGAGGCCUUGAUGCUGAGCACCAAAGAGCCACAGAUAACUGAUGAGACAAUAACUGAAGCGAAAAUUAUUUCGCACAAAUUUAAACGUGCACUGGAAAUUGUUAAAACUGAUUUUAAUCCUGCACCGUUAGAACCACUACUGGAGAGGAUUAAUAAGCUAUAUGCCUUGAUAAUGGCGACAGAUAACAAAACAGGAAUACUUGCUGAUUUACUGAUUUACCUCGAAACUAUUAAGUCAUCAAUAAGUGAUGAGAUUAAAUUCUGCAAGAGGCUGUUGGAAUUGGAAAAGCAGAUAAGAGAAGAGAACGCGAUUCAGUCGACCCUGCUGGCUCAGAGGCUAAGAGAAACAAAACUGAACAAUGAACAACUUAAAGGCGAAGAGAAACAGCAGCAAAAAGAGAUUCAGAAACUGAAAGAGAGUGAAGCGGAAUGGGAGCAACAGAGAAAAAGAAUAAUGGCUGAAUUGUAUUCCGUCACAAAUAGAAUUCCUGAGAUCGAUAAACAGAACAGAAAGAUAGCCUCGAAACACAGAAAUUUCUUUUCUUCGGUUUGUCACAAAAUUAAGAAAACGUUUACAAACAAAUCCUAAGAUACGCCAAUAACAAAUGUUAAUGUCCUCAUAACCAUAUAGAAAGAACUUGUGAUAAACAUUAUGAAACUAAGAUUUUAUUUUCGUACAAGCCAAUAUUCAUUUCUUAACAAAUUGCAAGAAGUUUGGUAAAAAAAAAUAAUAUUUUAACUUUUUCGAAAGCGAAUAAAAUAUGGAAAAUACAUACAAAAAAUAUUUUACAUUAUUCAUAACAAUGUGAUGAGUUUACAUUGUAUAGACCUG